AUGACAGCCAUUGGUACUUGGUUAGAAAAUGGGGGAAAACAUGUUAAGCACCAGGUGGCACCUAGCACUAAAUGGUCUACUCCUCCACCAGCCUUCUUCAAAGCUAACUGGGAUGCAGCCAUUGAUAAAGACAAUUCUAAAGUAGGUAUUGGUGUGAUUGUCAGAGAUUCGGAUGGCCUGGUUAUUGGCUCUCUAUGUUCUUCUAUUACUUUAACUCCUAAUCCAAAGAUUGGGGAAGCUGUAGCAGCUUUAAGAGCAACUAUGUUGUGUGCUGAACUGGGAUUAACGCAAAUCAUACUAGAAGGAGAUGCUCCCAAUGUGGUUCAGGCUGUUCAACAUAAAGAAGAAAACUGGAGUGCCUUUGGAAUGGUGAUUAGAGAUAUCAAAUCCUUAUUGUCAAAGGCGCGGGAAUGGUCAAUUCAACAUACUCCUAGGGAAUUCAAUGUAAUUGCCCAUACUCUAGCAAAAUAUGCUCUGACUUGUUCAAAGGAUUGUAUCCUUCUGGAGGACUACCCUCCAGGUAUCCAACAUUUACUCUAA